UGCUCCGACAGUGAGUUGGCAACGUUCAGUCGAUAGCAAAAGAUGAAACAGUGCUCAUCGCGCAGCAAUUGGUGUCUGCUCAGUGUAAUCGAUCAGCGUCUUAGAAUUGACACCUGUCGAUAUCUAAUCGAGAUUUUAUCGCGCCGCAUUACAGGCGACUAAGAUUAGAGUCGUUGGUUAGACCUGUUCCCACAUCUAUGGAGUUUCAUCUAGACAGUGCAGAAUACUGCCAGGCACAGCACAAAUAAAAAGUAAUCAAAACGCAAAGAAGGCCGAGAUAGCCUGAGACAACGCUGUCAUCCUCUGCCCGGAAGUCAACGGACGCUAAAACAGAUUCGAAACGUAGCGGGAGAGUUCAAGACAGAAAGACAGUGUUAAACAGAGAGAAAGAGAGAGGGAGAUUAGGAUUUGGAGUUGGAUUAAGAACAGUUUCGAGCUAAAGUUUUUACGUCUGGGUGAACUGAGUUCAUAUCACGAAGAAGUAACAUUUUACCAUAGGGUGCCACAACGAAAAGUGUUUGGAAGCAAGAAUUGUAGCCAUUGAAGAGGAGCAGCAACUGCGCCUGAAAUAAAUAGAACUUGAUAGAUUCGCCGAAUGAUUCGACUUGGCGAAAUUCACAGGGAUUUUUAAUAGACGAGGUCGAGACACAGCAAAAAAUACUUAUAUAUUUUUUGUGAUAAACAUUUGGAAGGUAUCCAAAAUUUGUACUUAAUUAUUGAACUAUUAAUUUAUACUUAAACAAUUACUUGGUUUGGUGUAGAAAUCUAAAGCCUGCUAAAAGAGAAA